AUGGCUCCACCAGAGGGAGACAACAACACUGGAGUUUCAGCCUCCGAAUCCCAACCCCAAGGUGACGGCCAGCGCAACAGAGGACGAGGCCGAGGCAAAGGAAACCAAAAUCGACGAGGCGGCCAACGGCGCGGUCGUGGUGGUAACAACGCCAACGUCCCAAGUGUCCCUGCCAAUCCAGCUGCACAAGACGUUGCUGCUGCAGCUUCGCGCGCCCAUGCCCUAGCUGCUAGCAAAGCUGCCGAAGCUGCCGGGGACGAUGAUGAUGGCGAUGUGUGUUUCAUUUGCGCCAAUCCGGUUGCCCACCACUCUAUUGCACCUUGCAACCACACGACAUGCCAUAUUUGUGGUCUGCGCAUGAGGGCUCUAUAUAAGACAAAGGACUGUGCCCACUGCCGUACCCCGGCUCCCUAUGUCAUAUUCACCGACGACCCCGAGAAGCGUUUCGAGGAGUACUCAGAAAAAGACAUAACUACUACCGACAGCAACAUCGGCAUCAAGUACACGAAUGAGGAUAUCGUCGGCGACACCGUGCUGCUCCUGCGAUACAACUGUCCCGAGCCGUCAUGCGACUUUGCUGGUCUUGGCUGGCCGGAUUUGCACCGCCAUGUCAAAUCUGCUCAUAAAAAGCGCAUGUGCGAUCUGUGCACUCGUAACAAGAGGGUUUUCACACAUGAGCAUGAGUUAUUUGCAGAUAAGGAGCUGGAAAGACAUAUGCGUCAUGGAGACGACAAACCUGGUGCAGCGGACCAAACGGGCUUCAAGGGACAUCCACUUUGUGGGUUCUGUGGAGAGCGUUUCUACGAUGACGAUAAGCUGUACGAGCACUGUAGAAUGAAGCACGAACGUUGCUUUAUUUGUGACCGACGAGAUUCGAGACACCCCCACUACUACCUCGACUACAACGCUUUGGAAGAGCAUUUCAAGAAGGACCACUACCUUUGCGGCGAUCGAGAAUGUAUGGAAAAGAAGUUUGUUGUCUUUGAGUCCGAGCUAGACCUGCAGGCCCAUCAGUUGAGUGAGCACGGCGGCAAAGCGACAGGUAGAGACGCACGAGUUGUCAAUAUUUCAGGAUUCGACAUUCGAACACCGUACCAACAGGAGAGAGGGGGCGGUGGUGCUGGUGGAAGAGAGGAAGGAAGACGCGGGGGCAGAGAUGGGCGAAGAGGAGGAAACAGAGGCCGAGACCCUAAUGCGGAACCGGUUCCUGUCAGCUCAGCCCAGCCUCUACGACGCGACGAGAUUGCUUUCCAGCGACAGAUGGCCAUCCAUUCUGCACAGUCAGUCUCGAACCGUACCUUUGGUGGAGCUUUGUCUGCUCCUACACCAGCGCAAGCCUCAUCACAACCCCGCGGAGCUAGCUCAUCAAACACGCCUCGCGCCAGUCAGACCAACCUUGCUAAUCCCAUAGAGUCUGCUACUGUCGACCCGGCUAAUCUCAGCCCCGAAGAGCGCGCGCGUCUUGUGCGACAUGGUGCUGUUGUCGAGCGAGCGUCAAACCUCCUCGGCAACGACACCCAACGAAUGGCCACAUUCCGAAGCCACAUUUCUUCUUACAGGCAGGGCAGUCUUACUGCUCCACAGCUAAUUGAUGCAUUCUUCACCCUCUUUGCCGACACCUCCUCAAACGCUCUUGGUACCAUGGUGCGAGAAGUUGCGGAACUUUACGAAGACAAGAGCAAGGCCGAGGCUCUUCGCAAAGCCUGGCAAGAUUGGCGAGCUAUCAACGAGGAUUAUCCCAGCCCACCUGGGUUGAGUGGCAUGCAUGGCGCAACUUCGAGUUCAAGCGGUUGGGCUGGCGCAGCAUCAGCUAACCCAGCUGUUCCCAAUGCCAAGGUCACCCAAAAGUACUCAAACCGUGUUCUCAAGCUCAAGAACAGCACAAGACUUGGCGGCCCAGCUCCUGUAUCUUCAAGUGGUGCAUCAUCAUGGGCUGGUCGGCCUGCCGUCAACGCACCACCACCAUCCUCCAACGCGUUCCCAUCUCUCCCCUCCUCCGGGAACUCCUCUGCAUCUCGCUCCAACUGGACAACUCCCACUCCCUCAUCAUCGCAAUCCACGACUCUCAACCGCCCUCGCCCCGCUCCCCGGCCUACAGGCGAAGACGCUUUCCCAGCUCUUCCCGCGGCACCAAAGCCUACAACCACAAUUUUCGGUUACGGUAACGGCCGCGCUGUACGACGUGACUACGGAAACCGUGAGACAAACUUCCAAUGGGGUAGCGGACCGAGCACACCAGCUGACGAGGAGCCCGCUGAUGAUGAAGCGGGUGGUAAGAAGAAAGGUAACAAGAAGGGCAAGAAAGUUCUUGUUCAGUGGGGUUAA